GGCCCUUCAGUGGUUCUCCCAUGGGAGAAGCUCUGGACGCCUUGAUCUUGGUGAUAAACAAGAGACACAUCAAGAGACAAAUUACCUGCCCCGAGUGUGUGCCUGGUCUGAACUGUCCCCCUCUUUGCCCAAAUCCCGGGCCAAUAAGGCCCCCUUGUCCUCCUUGCUACCCAGGAACUGCUUGUCCGGCAGGAUGCCCGCCCACACCUUGCCCUCCAUGUUUCCCAGGCAGUAGGUGUCCACCAGGAUGUCCAUUUACUGAAUGCCCCGAUUGUUUCCCAGGGAAUCCUUGCCCUAUUGGGUGUCCAGUAACUUAUUGUCCACCUUGCUACCCAGGCAGUCAGUGCCCAAGUGGCUGUCCCCAAAAACCCACUCCUUGCCCAGCGUGUUUAUCCAGGUUAUCCAUGUCCGGAGGGCUGCCCAUCCACACCAAUGCCCCACCGUGCUAUCCAGGAUCUCCUUGUCCGGUUGGAUGUUCAGCCAGACCUUGCCCACUUGUACCCUGGGUCACGUGUCCUACUGGCUGUCCCGCCCCACAGUGCCCACCUUGCUAUCCAGGAUCCCGUUGUCCUGAUGGCUGUCCUUUAACUCUGUGUCCCCGCUGCUAUCCUGGUGACCCUUGCCCCAUUGGAUGUCCUGCUACACAAUGCCCUACAUGUUAUCCUGGGGAAAUAUGUCCUGAGGGCUGCCCACCAUCCCCAUGUCCACCUUGUUCACCUGGAACUUGUCCAGCUGGAUGUCCUCCAACACAAUGCCCAACAUGUUACUCACCAGAAAACUGUCCUCCCGGUUGUCCGAUUUCUAAGUGUCCCAUUUGCUAUUCUGGAGAAUACUGCCCAAGUGAAUGUCCAAUAUCCCCGUGCCCAAGUUGCUAUCCAGGUGAAAAAUGUCCUGCUAACUGCCCUCAAACACCGUGUCCCCCAUGCAGACCAGGUGAGCCUUGCCCACCUGCAUGCCAGAUGCCAUGUCCACUAUGUUUUCCAGGAGACAGUUGCCCUCCUGGCUGUCCCAUUUCACCAUGUCCCCCCUGUUAUCCUGGACAGCGAUGCCCAUCAAGAUGUCCAAUAACUCCAUGUCCAUCAUGUUACCCAGGAGAAUCCUGUCCUGUAGGUUGUCCACCAACUCCAUGUCCAGUAUGCUAUUCUUUAGAAACGUGUCCUCCUGGCUGUUCACCGUCCCCUUGUCCAGUUUGUUACUCCCAAGUGUCUUGUCCAAGGGGAUGCCCGAUACUGACUUGCCCCCCUUGCUAUUCUAAGGAUACAUGCCCGGAAGGGUGUAUACCAAGGCACUGUCCCCUUUGCUACCCAGGGACAAGCUGCCCUCCUGGAUGUGAAAGAACGCCUUGCCCACUGUGCUAUCCCGGGCAAUCGUGCCCUGUUGGUUGUCCUGCUACAGAAUGCCCUACAUGCUAUCCUGGCCAAGAGUGUCCUAGAGAAUGCCCGGAGUCACCAUGUCCACCUUGCUAUCCAGGAACCAGUUGUCCCUCUGGGUGUCCUCCUACACCAUGUCCAAAUUGUUAUCCUGGUACCCGCUGUCCAGUGGGUUGCCCACCAACUGAAUGUCCUUUUUGUUAUCCAGGAACUCCAUGUCCAGCAGGAUGUCCAAGAACACCAUGCCCAAAGUGCCAGAAAGGUUAUCCUUGUCCACCAGGGUGCCCAGUUACACCAGAUUGUCCAGAAUGCCCGAGAGGACCACCAGGUUUCCCAGGACCGGAAGGGGAAAUGUGGCCCGGCCCACCUGGGCCUCCAGGCCCUCCAGGGUAUGGACUGCCUGGCCCACGGGGACCUCCUGGAUCACCUGUGUAUCCGGAUUCUACGCCUUGCAGGGCUACUACCAAAUGCCCUAAAACAGAAGUGAUUUGGAAAAUUAUCAAUGAAACCACAAACACUACGACUGCUGAAAACAAAGUAAGCACAGUGGAAAUCAAGUUUGUGAUAUCUUUUCAAAUACAAAAGUAUGAAGGUUUAACUUUAAAUAAUUGUUCAAGUACAAGUGGGACUAAGCUUGUAAGAAUGUCUUGA